UUACAGUUGCAGUAUUCUGCCGACGCCUGACCUGACCCAUUCAUCGUCCUCCCUCGUUUAAUUGCAAAUGUGUACUUUAAUUUCUCCGCCUCUCCUUCCCUCCUCAUGUCUACCCGUUCACCAUGAUCGACCUCUUCAUCUCCUACAUGCUCCUGCUCCUGCUCCUGCAUUCCCUUUCCCAACCAGUCAGAGGCGUGCUUAUAGACUGUGGAUCCAACUUCCGUUCCUCAAUCAACGGCCAGGAAUGGCUGCCAGACACUGGCUACAUAUCCACCGGCACUUCCAAGACGAUUACGGCGCGAGGGCAGUCCCAAAUUCUCUCUACUGUCCGUACAUUUCCUCUGCAGGGAAAUCUCUUCAGGAAGUUUUGCUACGAAAUUCCUGUCAAUAGAGCUCAGAAAUACUUGAUCAGGACGACUUAUUACUAUGGUGGAGUGAAUGUGAAUGGGAAUAGGAAUUUGAAUUUGAAUCCUCCAGUGUUUGAUCAGAUCAUAGAUGGGAUAUUUUGGGGUGUGGUGAACACAACUGAGGCUUAUAUGAAGGGAAAUUCGAGUUAUUACGAAGCUAUUUUUAUGCCAAAGGGGAAGAAUUUGAGUGUGUGUUUGGCUGCAAAUGCUUACACUGAUUCUGACCCUUUUAUAUCUGCCCUUGAAGUUGUGGUUUUGUUGGAUCAGGUUUAUAAUUCUACUGAUUUCAAUCAUUAUGCUUUGAAUUUGAUCGCCAGGAAUAGUUUUGGGCAUGAUGGGCCGGGGAUUCGAUACCCUGAUGAUCGUUUCAAUCGCUAUUGGGAGCCGUUUGGACAAGACACAUUCCCCCAAUUGAGUUCACAAAACCUCUCUGUUUCAGGCAUAUGGAAUCUGCCACCUCAGAAGGUGUUCCAAACACGAUUGGCAAGAAGCCAGCCGGAACCUCUAAGGCUAAUGUGGCCUCCAAAUCCUCUUCCAGUCGUCGUUCCUCCAUAUAACUAUUCCAUUGCUCUUUACUUUGCGGAUGAUCAAAUUUCACGCAGCCCAAGAACAUUCGAUAUAACCAUAAACAGGGUUGAUUUUUACAAUAAUCUGACUCUAACUCCAUCUGGGGUCGUCAUAUUUGCGAAUGAAUGGCCUCUUGCUGGAACAACUGACAUAACCUUGUCGCCUGCUCCUCAAUCUACUGCUGGCCCUUUAGUAAAUGCUGGAGAGGUUUUUCAAGUGAUUCCUGCUGGUGAGAGGACUCUUGUGCGCGAUGCAAUUGCCAUGGUUAGUUUGAGAAAUAGCUUCAGAAACCCUCCGAUUGACUGGAAGGGCGAUCCAUGCUUACCUAGCCGGUACUUGUGGACUGGAGUAACUUGCUCUCAAGGACCUCGGAUUCGGAUAACUAUUCUAAACCUCAUGAGCAUAGGUCUUGAAGGCUCAAUUUCUCCGAGCAUUGCAAAAUUGACAGCACUGACUACUAUCUUGCUCGGAAAUAAUACCUUGCAUGGGACAAUUCCGGACCUGAGUUCAUUGAAGGAAUUGGCUAUUUUGCAUUUGGAAGAUAAUUUGAUCAACGGGAUACUUCCUCCGUCGUUAGGAAACUUGACAAAGUUACGUGAAAUCUUUGUGCAGAACAACAACCUAUCGGGUGAUAUACCGAAGACACUUGUUCAAAUCCCGGGAUUGACACUAAGAUAUACUCCGGGAAAUCCAUCAAUCAUUCCACCCCCGUCAUAAGAUUGUUUGAUCAACCAUUCUUUUGGUGGCUAAUAAACAAUUCUAUAUCUUGUGGAUUGAGGUCAGUCUUUUUAUGGUUAGUCCAACUGCAUUUCGAGAUAAAUGUUUGUUUAUUGAGUGAAGUAAUGAUCGAUUGUUGUCGAAAUCUCUUAGCCUUUUUGUUGGGACUGUGGUGCUUUGUGAAGAAAUUAGAUCUUUUUGAAACCUUUUCUUGUGUAGUUCUCAGCUAGAGCUAGUAAAGAAUGCUUCCUUUUUCUGAUCUAUGUGGAUAUCCAACGUUACAAAAAAUCAGCUUCAGAGCUAGAUUCAACACCUGAUCCGUCUCCUAUUAUGUUGUCCUAUUCGAAUUUUAGGGAAAAAUUCAUAAUUGUCCCAUGCGACUUGUCAUGGUAACAUUUUUGGCGGUUGUUUG